GCGAGUGAGAGCGUCGUCCUCGCCUGCAGCGUCUUUGUCCCGCAGCAGCAGCAACAUGGCCAACCCCGUAGACACCAAGCUGUACGACAUCCUCGGAGUGUCCCCGUCCUCCUCCGAGAACGAGCUCAAGAAGGCGUACCGGAAACUGGCAAAGGAGUACCACCCUGACAAGAACCCCAACGCUGGAGACAAGUUCAAGGAAAUCAGCUUUGCCUACGAAGUACUAACCAACCCCGAAAAGAAGGAACUUUACGACCGCUAUGGAGAGCAAGGCUUGCGGGAAGGAGGCGGGGGCGGCCCCGGCAUGGACGACAUCUUCUCCCACAUCUUUGGCGGCGGACUCUUUGGUUUCAUGGGGGGACAAGGAGGCCGCGCCAGAAACGGGGGCCGAAGGAGAGGCGAGGACAUGGUGCAUCCACUCAAGGUUUCAUUGGAGGACCUUUACAAUGGAAAAACGACCAAACUACAACUUAGCAAGAAUGUACUGUGUAGUGCUUGUAAUGGGCAGGGAGGCAAGACGGGCGCUGUACAGAAAUGCACCGCGUGUCGGGGGCGAGGCAUGCGCAUCAUGAUCAGACAGCUGGCUCCGGGGAUGGUCCAGCAGAUGCAGUCCGUCUGCACCGAUUGUAACGGAGAAGGCGAGGUCAUCAGCGAGAAAGACCGUUGUAAAAAAUGUGAGGGCAAGAAAGUGGUGAAGGAGGUGAAGAUCCUGGAGGUGCACGUGGACAAAGGCAUGAAGCACGGCCAGAAAAUCACGUUCGGGGGAGAAGCCGACCAGGCGCCCGGCGUUGAGCCGGGGGACAUAGUUCUGGUGCUGCAGGAAAAAGAACACGAGACGUUCAAGCGAGACGGCAACGACAUCUUCAUGAACCACAAGAUCGGCCUGGUGGAGGCGCUGUGCGGCUUCCAGUUCAUGCUCAAGCACCUGGACGGACGACAGAUAGUUGUGAAAUAUCCUGCUGGAAAAGUCAUUGAACCAGGCUCCGUCCGGGUGGUGCGGGGAGAGGGCAUGCCACAGUACCGUAACCCCUUUGAGAAGGGAGACAUGUUCGUCAAGUUUGACGUCCAGUUUCCCGACAACAACUGGAUCAGCCCCGAGAAACUUACGGAGCUGGAGGACAUGCUGCCGUCGCGGUCGGAGCCGCCCGUCAUCAGCGGCGACACGGAGGAGGUGGAUCUGCAGGACUACGACGUGAGCCAGAGCUCCAGCUCCGGCGGCCGCAGGGAGGCGUACAACGACAGCUCGGACGAGGAGAGCGGCCACCACGGGCCCGGCGUCCAGUGUGCCCACCAGUAAUCUCUUCUCUUCUCUCGCAUACAUAUAUGUCCUAUAUGUAUUCAUGCAUAUGACCUGCGUUCUACAUGGGGAGAAAAUGUUUUUAAGUUGCAGAGUAAACAAGGAGGAAGGUUGAGCUAAGAGGGGCCUGGCAGCUCCGCAGACACGGAUCCAGAACGAGCCGCUUUGACUCGCGCAACCGGAAAUUGUUGAUUUGAUGUCAUUAGUUUUUAAGUGCUUGAAUCAUUCUGAUCCUUGUCUGAGGGACUCGAUCACAUUUAGACACGUGGGACUUGGAGUAAACGUCAUGUAAAGUAUUUAUGAUGUAUGAAAAGCAGCGGGCCGCGCCGGACUGCGGUCUGGCGUCCGAGAUAAGCCCCGCCCUUCAGCUCCACCCGCCUCUUCCUCGGUUCCCCCUGUUUGAGUCCGAUCCUCCGCUCCGAAGGAGCUCCAGGUCAGACAGAGAAUUGAUUGUUUCUUGUUUGCUGAGUGUGUGACUGGCAUUUUGUUUUCAUAGUAUUUACAUUAAUUUAAGACUAACCGAUACAGCGACCAUACAGCCGAGCGACGCGCGGAUCCUCUCGACUCGUUUCUCCACGGACUCACCCACUGGGCACCAUUUAUAGGACUCGUUUCUGAUUUUUACACAUUUACUUUGUAGCAUUUCUUUUUUUUUUUUGCUGUUGUUUUUUCCUUCUUUGCAUUUAAUUGAAGAAAAUUGGUUGUGUAUAUUAUUACAGUGGUUGCUGGCAAACUUCAUCAGCCGCUAUAUUCUUGAGUUGUGAUCUUUUUUUUUUUUUUUUUUUAAAGAAAAAAUCUUUAGUGAACCGACGAAGAGGAAAAAAAAAAUAGUCCGUAUCUGUGCUGAGACCAUGUGCAUGUAAAAAGCUUUGGUUCCUGCACUUACUAAACUCACAGUGAAACAGCACUCUUCUUAAGAAAUGUCUAUGAAGUUGUUGAAAUAAAUUGUUGAAAUUUCA